AUGGGGACUCUCUGGAGCCAGGAGAGACCUCCAGAAGAGGGGCUGCCCACUGAAAGGAGCCCACUAUGGACCAUGGCCAGGCGGGUGCUGGUGGCUGUCCUGCUUCUCGGUCUGCUCCUUGGUUCUUCUGUGCUUUUGGUCUACGUUUUCGGGAGCUGUGGCCCUGGUCCUUGUGAGAUGCCUGUGUGUUGGAAUCUCCUGGCUCGUUACAUGGCCUCUGGGAACACCAGUGUGGCCCCCUGCACCGAUUUCUUCAGCUUUGCCUGUGGAAAGGCCAAAGGGAUCAAUAAUUCUUUUCAGGCUCUUGCAGAGGAGAACAAGAGCCGACUUCGGAGAAUACUGGAGGCCCCAAGUUCCUGGCACCUGGGCUCUGGGGAGGAGAAAGCCUUCCAAUUCUACAGCUUCUGCAUGGACACAGAUGCCAUCGAGGCUGCAGGGGCUGGUCCCCUCAGACAAGUUAUUGAGGAGCUUGGAGGCUGGCGAAUCUCUGGUAAUUGGACUUCUUUGGACUUUAACCGAACUCUGAGACUUCUGAUGAGUCAGUAUAAUCACUUCCCAUUCUUCAGAGCCUAUCUGCAACCUCAUCCCACUCCUCCACACAUGCCAGUCAUCCAGAUAGACCAGCCAGAGUUUGACCUUCCUGUCGAGCAAGAGCAGGAACAGAACUAUGCUCAGAUCGUGCGGGAAUACCUGACUUACCUGAGUCAGCUGGGAACCUUGCUGGGAGGAGACCCAAGCAAGGUGCAAGAACAUGCCUCCAUGUCCAUCUCCAUUACCUCGCGGCUACUUCAGUUUCUGAGGCCCUUGGAACAGCGACAGGCACAGGGAAAGCUCUUCCAGAUGGUCACUAUUGACCAACUGCAGGAAAUGGCCCCUGCCAUUGACUGGUUGUCCUGCUUGCAAGCGAUAUUCACACCGAUGUCCCUGAGCCCCUCCCAGCCCCUUGUGGUCCAUGACCUGGAGUAUUUGCAAAACAUGUCACGACUGGUGGAAGAGCAGCUGUCGAAGCACAGGGACUUUCUGCAGAGCCACAUGAUCUUGGGGCUGGUGGGGAGCCUUUCUCCAGCCCUGGACAGUAAAUUCCAGGAGGCACGCAGAUUGCUGAACCAGAAACUACGGGAACUGACAGAACGCCCACCCAUGCCCACCCACCCUCGAUGGAUGAAGUGCGUGAAGGAGACAGGAGACUACUUCCAACCUACCCUGGCAGCCUUGUUUGUUCGUGAGGCCUUCAGCCCAAGCACCCAAAGUGCUGCCAUGGAAUUAUUCACUGCAAUCAAGGAUGAGCUCAUCAAUCGCCUCAGAAGGCUUCCGUGGAUGGAUGAGAAGACCCAGAAAGAGGCCCAGGACAAGGUCAUCCAACUGCAAGUGAAAAUGGGGGCCCCAGAACAGGCCCUGGAGCCAGCGCUGGCCGGACAGGAAUACAACGAUAUACAAAUUGGACCCAGCUACCUGCAGUCCACUCUGAGCUGUGUCCGAUCACUCCGAGCUCGAGUUAUACAGAGCUUCUUGCAGCCUUCCCCCCACCACAGGUGGCAGGUGCUCCCCUGGGAGAUCAAUGCUUACUACUCAAUAUCUGACCAUGUGGUGGUCUUCCCUGCUGGACUCCUCCAACCCCCGUUCUUUCACCCUGCCUACCCCAGAGCCGUGAACUUUGGUGCUGCUGGCAGCAUUAUGGCCCAUGAGUUGUUGCACAUCUUCUACCAGCUCUUACAACCUGGGGGUUGCCCAGCCUGUGACACCCGUGCCCUACGGGGAGCGCUGCUGUGCCUGGAGCACCUCUAUGCUGCCUUUCCAUUACCCAGAGGAAUCUCCUUCAAUGCCUCCUACACCCUCCUGGAGAAUGCCAUGGACAUUGGGGGGCUGGCCAUUGCACUGCAGGCGUAUAGUGAGAGGCUAUUAUGGCACCGCGGGGAGACCGUCCUGCCCAACCUGAACCUCAGCCCCCAGCAACUCUUCUUCCGAAGCUAUGCCCAGGUGAUGUGUAGGGAUCCCAGCACCCAGGAUUCUCAAGACACUCACAGCCCUCCCACCCUUCGAGUCAAUGGGCCCCUCAGCAACACGCCAUCCUUCGCCAGAUAUUUCCGCUGUCCACUUGGUGCCCUCAUGAACCCCUCCAGCCGCUGCCAACUCUGGUAACCUGGCUACAAAAGAGACCUCAGUAUAGAUAUAUCAACAUCGCGCUGCCCCUCCAUGGAAUCAGGGCGAUAUCUCCUCUCCCCUU